GUAUGUGUAUGUGUGUUUGUGGGUGUGUUCUUUCCAGCUAGCCGCUCCGGUUCAGUCUAUUGAAGUCAGUUUAGUUUGAAAGUGCGAGGGAAGGACUCGACCGGGCGCGUUUUCCGUGGGUUUUAAAGUAUUUAUAGCGUUUCCAGACGCCAUACGUUUAUUAGUUAUAGAUAUUACGUAUUUAACCAGAAACGAAAAAGUGUUUUUGAAAUUUGCCGACUGUUUCGUCUUUCAGGGAGCAAUAAAGCCGAUGGUUACGGAGCGUCGUGACUCGCGUUCACCUUUCGCAGCGUUGGUUCACCACCCCGUUUGACUUUAUCAUACAGUAACGUUACUAUUUCUUGCGCGCAUAUAAAACCUGUUUUUGGAUGUGUCAGAGGUUCUCUUCAAAUGUCGUGGACGAGCACCAUGAGUAGUGGAUACAGUAGUUUGGAAGAGGAUUCAGAGGAAUAUUUUUUCACUGCAAGAACUUCCCUGUUCAAAAAGCCUUCGGUUAAACCCACGAACCUCAAGGAUGUGGAGAAAGAGAAAGAGCUGCGAACUCAUCUCACUAAUGAGGAGAUCAGAAAGAAGGUUGAGCAGUACAACACAGAGUCACGUGACCACUUUAAAAUGACACUGAAUACUAACGGCAUGUACACAGGCUUCAUCAAGGUGCAGUUGGACCUGCGCAGGCCCAUCACGGUGAAAGGAGGCGGGGUAGGAGGGGUCAAAGGUCAGGAGGCGUUUUACCUUCCGCGCGGCUCCAUAAACACACUGCACAUCAGCAGCACCAACACGGUGCGCCAGGUGAUCGAAGCCCUGCUGAGAAAGUUCACCGUGGCCGACAACCCCGCCAAGUUUGCCUUGUUCAAACGCUUCAGCAGAGAAGACCAAGUGUACACCUGUAAGCUCUCAGAGGAAGAACACCCUCUCUUCCUGCGUCUGGUGGCGGGACCCAGCACAGACACGCUCAGCUUCGUCCUGAAGGAGCAGCAAACCGGUGAAGUCCUGUGGGACGCCUUUUCCAUCCCCGAGCUGCAGAACUUCCUCCGCAUCUUGGAUAAAGAGGAACAGGACCAGAUUUGCUCAAUAACCAAACGCUACAACGCCUACAGAGAGAAACUGGAGGAGGCCAUGAGAGCGACGGGCGGCCCGGGAUAAAGCCAGCACGUUACGUGAAGGAACUGUAGCACUGCUGCCUCUAGUGGUCACUGUGUGUAAUGAACACUUAUUAGGUGUCACCGUGCCAAGCUGACACCUGUCUCAGAAACUCAGAGGAGAGCGCUGAGCUCCCAGAAUGCACCUCAGGUGCCAUAUUUACCCAUCCACCCUCUUUCACACUUUCAGUUGUUUCUCUGUUCUUUUACCUCUUGUGAACGAUGCAAACGUGAAAAUCGGAUCUGGUUUUUAUUUAAUUGUUGGAUGCUGUGGUUUGUACAUAUUUCUGUUUGUUUUAAUUUAUGUGGGUGAAUUUUAUUUUUUUUAUUUUACUAAAAAGAGUCUUAUUUUAUGGCAAAUAUACUUAUCGACCAGAAACUGAUGGGGAUUUAUUUUAUUUUAUUUUAUAUUAAAUACCAAAUGACAUAAUGUGCCCUACCAAAGAUAGUGUUGAUGUGCUGUUGACAAAAUGUUGACCUGAUGGCCACGUGAGACCAAACAGACAGGAAGCGCAUGUUUGUGAUGAAGAAGAUUGAAUGUGGUGAUGUAGGGACAGGAAAUGAGGACUAAAGCGAAGUCAUAAUCAUUAGUCUCUGAACGGAUGGCUUAAAUGCAAAUAAAAAAGUAAGCAUUCUUAGGUGAUGUGCUGGGAUUGGAACCGAACAGAUUCAGGAAGUUGGCGAAGGAGCUUAGAGGAUGUUGGAAAGUAUGCAGGAAGUGUCAUGCAGCGGUUUUGGAGCAGAUCUGACCGAUGUUGGACGGUGUCAGACGGUCUUUCUCAGUAGAUGAUGGGUUGAGUUUAAGCAGAUAAUCAGUGAACAGGGCAUUUGCUGUUCACCUCUCAUCAUCAACCCUGGAAAAUGCGUUAGAGGACGUCUUCAAGAUAAACGACUGAAUAGACAAGUAGUGAAGAUUGUUUGUUUUGAAGCUACAGCCUGAAAAUAGUAGAUUUAAGCUAGUUUGAUUAGUGAAUAUAUAUGUGUAAUCACACUGAUCUGAUUUACUGUACCAAAAGUUAAUUUCACAUGCUUUUUUUCUUUGCAUGGAGAUAUAGCUGAAACUGUUACUGUUGUGAGGUGCAGUAAAAGAAAAGCAGACAGUGCUACUUUGUCUCAGCAUACAAAGUCGACAUUUAUGACAGUGUUUGAAAUUAUACUUGUGAUACUUGUAGGUGAUUUUAAUAUGUAUACACAUUUAUGUUUCUGUAUGCUAGUGCUGCAUGACGGUUUUUCUGAUGGGUACUGCAACAUUGUUGUCUAUUGUGACACAUGCAUAGCGAGGUAGCGGCACCUUGUGGUCAACUGCUGUAACUACAUCUCUGCAGUCUUAAGUCUCUCCUGUGUCAGUUCAUUUGAUUAUUUUAGACACAGAUUGCGUGCUUUAAGAUUUAUUUCUUUAUUAAUAUCAGUUUUAUAACCUCUAACCAAAGAUCUAGAUAAAAUGCAUAGUUUAAUUUAAGUUUGAUGCAAAUUGCCUGGUGCAAUCAGUCUUACACCUCAAUAAACUGAGGUUAAAUAGUAGUACCUAUCUUGUCUGAUGGUUUUACCAUGGCAACUUUAAUUGUAAACACUGGGGUGAAUAAUAUAAAUUAGAGUAAUUGGUGUAAUUGCUGUGUGAAUAUAACAUCACGACAGUCUCAAUAUAUGCAAUCGAAGAAGAUUUUGCAGGGGAAUAAGACCAGUAAUCUUAUAAAUGCUUUUUGGGCACUUUAUGUUUUAAUUCAGGGAAUUAUUUUGAUUUUGAUUUAUUAGUCUUCAUCAGAUGCUUAUUGUCUUCCACUGUUUUAAAACGGCAUUGCAUCUAGUGGAAGCUCAGUUAUGUUUUAUGGAAGUGUUUUUUUUUUUUUUUUUUAAUUAAAGCUGUUUCAGUACUUGAUUUUUAUUUUUUAAAUUUUUUUUUCAUAAACAAGCUUUUGUUUGUAGAGUAAGACUGUGAAUGAAUGUUAAACUGUAUUCUUGUGUAGUAAAGGGGUGUGGAUGUGAGUGAACUUCUUUAGUCAUUUUUAAUAUACAUGCAUGUGUUAUAUUAAUUCAUGCAUAUUUUAAGGCUGUUUUAGGACAUCACAGGCCAGUGCUGUUGAUUUUUCUGUUUAACAGCAUAGAUCAUUUAGAGAUCGCUCACGAAACACUCUGCAUUUGCCAAAAAAAAAUCUCAUUUUGUUCCACCGUUGUAAGUUAUGUUUAUGAAUGAUGUAAGUUGCAUACAUAGAAGACACCAGAAGUGGCAUACAUGGAUAAACAUUGUUUUUAAGAGUUAUGGACUAAAUAUGCAUGGUUAGAAUCCAGAUGUCAUGUAUUUUUGACAAUGACGGAGGUUUUUUUGAGGGUUUGUAUUGUUACCGAUCGUGGCCUUUCUUGUUAAAGACCUGGUUUCUUUAAAUAAAGAUGAAACGUUUCUCAA